UGCACUCUCCCAAGGAAAAAAAAAAACCUAUCUAGCAAUACACACCAAACUGAGCAUGUGCAGAGUGACUCCACACGAUAUGUCUUAUCAGGAGAUAAGAGGGAGACACUGGAACAAGGGGAGGAUCAGAGAAGUCAGGAUCAAACACCCACAAUGCAGAGGAUUAACCCCUUAGGUUCCACAGUGAGUAUAGGAAGCAUGCUUUACUGCCAGGGGCGGACUGACAACUCAUGGGGCCCCCGGGCAAUAGGGGAUCAUGGGGCCCCUGUGUCCUUGCCCACACUCAAA